AUGUCUAUUGAAGAUCUAGAUUCCAAUGAAAUUGUUAAUCUAAAGUACAAAUAUGAAGGAAUGGAAAAUUAUGUUGACAUUACACCAAGUAUUCCAAUCGUUUCUGAGUCUAAAAUUGAAACAACUCAAGUUGAAGUUCAUCUUCCAAGUAAAUACAGUGGAGUCCUUCAAAUUGAAUUGGUUGCAACUGAUAGUCAUUCACUUGAGUCAUUGAAGGAAUUUGUUAAUGUUACUAUUAGAAAUGUCCCACAGCUGUACAUUUCCUCUGAAGUUCCAUCUAUUGCCAAAGGAGAUAGUUUGACGAUUUCAGGAUACAUUGCAGAUAUUGAUCCAGAUGAUUCAUUCACAUUCCAUAUAGAUAAUAAAGAAUAUGAAAGUAAAUUAAAUAGAACAUCCGAAAACAUCUCAUUCUCAAUCCAAGUUCAGAUUUCAGACAUAACAACAGGCGAAAAAUCAUUGGACAUUUAUGUAACAGAUAAAUACAAUUUUGAUUCCAACAAACACUCUUUUAUAUUCUUUAUUAGAGCAAAACCUGAAGUUGUAAUAUAUCCAAUUAAAGGAAAACAUGUUAAAGGAAGGCAAUUAGAAUUUUCCUUCAAGAUCAAAGAUGAAGAUGAGGGUGAUUCAUCAAUUGUCAACAUCAAAUAUGAAAAUAAAGAAAUAACAAGCAUAGCCAGAAAACUUCAUAAUGAAGGAAGAAUUCCAAGAUCAUUCUCUUAA